GCCUCACUGACGAACGAACUCACGAACAUAAACCAAUUCACGAUUCACGAAUCGAAAUCGCAAUCGGCCUUGACUCAAUCGGCUCUCGCUCUCUGCCUCUCUCGAGUCUCGACAAUCGACCGGCUCUCGCUCUCUGCCUCUCUCGAGUCUCGACAAUCGACCGGCUCUCGGCCUCUCGCUCUCGCAUCUUGUGACUUGUGAGACCAAAAUACACAAGCUUAUACACCCACGUAAGAUUGAAAUGGAGAAAAAGGGUGAAUCUAAAAUUCCCUACAAGAUUCUACUAGCAUUUUCUGGCCUGAAGCAGGCUUUGACAACUAACCUUGGAUAUAAUCGGAGAGUUUCCGAGUGUYGAGAGGCUGCAAAGAUCCUUCUAAAGGCAGCUGGGAAAGAAGUUGAGYCUAUUUUAUCUAACGUCGAACGACAAGACUAUACGACUCACAAGUCCAAAUUAGAAGCAGAUCUAGCUAGAAGAGCAGAACACUACUUUUCUGARAACAUGCGGGUURUUAAAGGUUUUACGUUCUCCCAUGCUAAUCACGAUCACACAGCUGCAGAUGCACACACUAUCUUACUAUAACCAUCACAAUUGGAAGGUUGAAGUUUCUUAAAGUAUUAUUCUUUAAAUCUUUUUAUCUUAUAGUUCUUAAAGUUUCUUAAAGUUUUUGGACUUGCGUUAUUCUACACUUUGUGAUAAGCAUUCUAAAUUGCAAGUAUUUUAGGGGCAUUCCGCUCUCUUUAAUUUGAUAAAUUUGAAGAACGAGCUAAAUUUGAGAGGCAGGUUAAAGAAAAAGGACAGGCUAUUGAACAAGUUGUCUCAAGAGGUCUUCUAAGAGCACUUGUUAUUACUCCCACCAGGUAUUUUUAACAUGUAUUCUAGAGUU